CCGUGUUUGCCAGCCUACGCAGCUCUUUGGGAAUGACAGAGCAGGAGUAUCAGCAGUCGCUCUGCUCUGAAAACUGCUACCUCCAGUUCAUCAGCAACUCCAAGAGCAAAGCCGACUUCUUCCUGACGUGUUUACAGGUCCCGGACUCCGAGACACGAUAUCUCUAUAGCCAGAGUGUUUAUUGCAGUCGAGUUACGCAUUCACAUGGACGUCAGUGUCUCGAGACAGAGUGAGAUGCCGACACGAGUUACACAAGCACACAGUCCUCCCAUGACCCAUCAGAGUCUGACCUUGGCCAGCACUGAUGGUGACUGAUCAACUGACGUCAUCCUACGCAAGGUCGUGAGUUUGAACCCCACUCGGGGCAGCAUCACCUCCCAUGGGCUCACCACCUGUGGGAGGUGCCAUAGAACUUCGGUGCAUUGUGGACUGGGCGGCAUUCGCCCCUGCGACCUGGGCCUGGAUCCAGAUAAGCAUCAGAUGAUGACAUGACAUAACAUAACAUGACAUCACUCAAUUUAAUCACAAAAUAAUAUCAAAUGUUAUUUGUGUCUCUUAAAGUCCAAUCUUUGUUGGUACUUUAGGGCAAUAAUGCAAAACUCUGUUUUUGUUCUCUCAGUACAUUUUGAGGCUUGUCCAGUCAGAAUCCUCCUCUUCUUCUCAAAGGCCAAUAAUGGUUGUGGUAACUGCAAAUUAUACAUUUGCAAUACAGGUACAAUAUAACAAGACAGGACAAACAGGAGUGGCAUUAUCACUCCCAUGAUUCAUGGGUUCAUGGUUGUUGCUCCCACGGUUUAGUGAACCACCUGUUGGGAUAACGCUGCUGCUUAGUGCCCAUUCUAGUUGGAGUCAACCAGUGGGGUUUUUAAACCACCAGUAGAAGUUUCUCUUUGUCUCUGUAUCGGCCUUGACUGAGCCCUCUGUGCCCCCAUCGUCCUCAGGAUUCUCUGGGGUCCCCUGCUGCUGUCUUACAGCGAUCAGCGUGGACCCAGGUUACUUGCAGUCCACAGUCUGCAGCAUCAGCUCUUGCUGUUGUUGCUUCAACCCACUCCACUCAGAAAACAUGUCAACAAUCAUCAGACAAUUUUGUUUCCCUCACAUGCAGAAUGCACCCCCCCCACCCCACCACUGUAAGAUUGGGUCCUGUGCUCUGGGAUGUGCCUCACAUCUACACACAGCCGCUUUCUGCGGAAACAAACAAACCCUCUCAUUUUCCACAGUGUUCCAAAAGUAUGAAUUGGGUGAGAAAACAUCAUUCCUACUCUGGCAUUUAUACAGUCGUGUGCGUCACACAUAAACCCACAUCCUUCUCCUCUUGUGCCUCCGGCUUUGCUGGAUGGACACGUGUGGCUCAGCCAAGAAAUUAUUUAAAGUCAUUGUCAGUUGUCUGUGCCAGACAAACCUAAACAAACAGCGCACAUAAACCUAUUUCCCCAAAACAGAUGUACUCUUGUUAUAGCCGUGACUCAUUUCCUUUCCUCAAUCAAUGUUGCUCUCAUUCUUCAUAAGGCUCUGGUGUGUGUUUGACAGAAGCUGCGGAGUAUAAAUCUUCAAUGUGCAUAAAAACAGUUCCCUUUCUCGGAACCUGUUGUUUGGCAAAGUCUAUUAGCAUUUUGAAAACAGAGCGUUGAUCAUCUGGUUUCAGAAUGUGGGAAAGGAGGAGUAAAUCUUUCUUUUGUCACCUUUCCUCCUGCAGUUGUCGCAUCAGUGCUUUUUUUUUUUUUUUUUGACCAUUUGGUCCCUCACUUGCUUUUAACACUGAAUAUGUUGUGCCUGAAUCUGCCAAAAACUCACUUUCUUUUAUUGCUGCUAACAGUUUAAAGCUAACAGGUGGAAUGGUUUUUUUGUUAUCAUUUGUAUUUCUUUUUCUGCUGCACUAUGGUCUGUUUCAGCAGUGUCUGGUGUGUGUGUGUCUGUUCCUGCUAUUACUGCAUUUGUCCAUGGGUGGCACACACAGAUUGUUCUUGCUUUAGUGCCACCUUCCCUUGGGUUGGCAACCUCGACUACUCAAGUCUGCGUUCUGUGGGCUAGCUGCUCGGCUGGGGAGGUCCAGGUAGUGGAGGCUUCUUGUGCAGGAUGAAGGGGGAAGACCUGAUGGCACUGGCAGGUGUCUGAGGUCUGGGCAGAUAGAAAUGGGCAGAAAGUAAUUUGGAUGAGAAUGAGGCCUGAAGGUCUGAGGUCUUUCCUGGCUUUGUGAGUGGGAUGGCUGCAAACGUAUUUUAAGUCAAAUGAGCACAUCAGGAGCAGGAAGUUCUACAGAGCUCAGAUAAGCUAAGUGGAUUCAUAUCAGGUAGGAUAAAUAGUGGACAUCCACGUUAGGAAAUGGAAGACAAGGGAGGGAGACUCACUGGGGAGGGAGACUUACUGUCUAGCUUAUUCACCAAUUUGUCCUGGUGGACAGUAAAUAACAUCCAUAACAGUGUGGUACUUGAAAGAGGUGCAUUUGUUUAGAGGCACCAGUUGAAUGAAUCUAUAUUAGGGAGCCAGUCUCACCUUCUCACUUAGACAGACGGGAAGUAUGAGAGAAAGUGCGGUGCAGCUGGGGUAGGAGUGUUUUCUGGUUUAAUUCAAGUUUCAAGAGCCAGUACGUCAAGAGGUAGCUGGUUGGCAUAGACAAGAAUGAAAUCAGCUUUGCCAGCUGCAGACUGACAAGCUACAACGCAUCAGGAAGGGAGAUACGUGAGGAGAUCAGCCAGAUUUCUUUGCCUUUUGGGAUAGUGAUACUUCAUGUGGUUACCAGAGACAACAGGAAUGCAGGGGAAGUACAUGGCUGUGGUGCCGAGCACAGAGUUUCAGGGCAGAUAGGACAGUUGAUCUUGUCAGUAGACCUUUUCUCUUUGUAAUAUUAUUUACACAGACCCAACAUUCUCCCAUGAGCAAGCACUUGGCUGCAGUGGCGAUGUGGCAAACUUGUUCAGGCCUCCUUGGUGUCCCGAAACCUUUUUUUUUUCUGUGCUCACAAAGUAAAGGUCAUUAAAAUUACUAAGGUUUCAGUUUGUUAAAAUGAAAUACAGACUGACUGCUGUAGUGGAUGUAAACCUAGGGAACAUACUUUUUUUUAACUUCUUCAGAAAAACACAUGAAGGAAAUGCAGAAUGAGAGAUUGUAUGGAGUCACAGAAGAUAGUGGAACAGAGGCUAGACCAGGCAUGACGUCACGACUUCAGCCUCCCGCAACUUUAUACUCUAUACACUAUGAUGUACACACUGCUUUGUGCGAGUCCUCGCUUCCUUGAAUCUUUACAACGGAGAUGGCAUUUUGUGGACGUUUGUGCAUGGUGCAUUGUAGAUAAUCCUUUUUUUUAAUCUUUGACUGGUAACUUGCUAUAGUUAGCUAGAGAAGCAAGUGUGCUUCUCUAAUAUUAGCAAGCCAACAAGCAAAUCCCACAGUGAUUUAUCAGCUCAAAUCAAAGUUUUCUUACUAAUCACCUUGGUCAACAUGUGCAACAUCUUUUUUCUUAGGAAGGUAGUUAGAGUUUGGGGAUGUUCUGUUAUUAACUGGGUGUCUACUGACUCUGUGCUUUUGAACUUCUAGAAAUGAUAAACGCUUCUUUUUGAAGACCCAGAACAAAAGGGAAAUCAAAUUCCUUCUGUCCAACCUGAAGAUCUACAUGGAACAUCUGAGGAAAUACCCCCAUUCGUUGCUGGUCAAGUUCCUAGGUGUUCACAGGAUCAAAAUCCCACACAGGCGGAAGAAAUACUUCAUCGUCAUGCAAAGUGUGUUUUAUCCAGAUGAUCGAAUCAAUGCCAGGUACGACAUUAAGGGCUGUGAGGUCAGUCGUUGGACAGACCCUGCACCAGAGGGAAGCCAGAUUAUUGUGGUUCUCAAGGAUCUCAACUUUGAAGGCCAGUACAUCAAUCUGGACCAGCAGCGUCCCUGGCUCCUGCGGCAGGUGGAGAUCGACACACACUUCCUGCGGAGGCUCAAUGUGUUGGACUACAGUCUCCUACUGGCCCAUCAGCCCUUACACCACGAUGAGCGUCACCAGAGUCUUUCCUUUGCUACUCUCAUCAUGAGAACCAAAAAGUCUGUGAAUCCAGGCUCCAGCCCUGUCCACACAAGCGUAACUGCUGUCCCUGGGGAAGUUCCAGAAGAUGAUUCCAUCCUACUUUUGUCUGAAAUGGACGGCGGGUGUUUGAAGCAACCACAAACAGGACAUGCAUCAAGUGCUAGCACUGUUCAAAUGUUCCCAAAGCAUGCUGGGCCAAGCAGUGAUGCAACUGAGCUUGCUGAUUUGAGGGCCCAAAACCGACGUUUGUUACCAAACUUAAAGAAUCCUCUACAUAUCAUCGACGGGCCUGAGCAGCGCUACUUCAUCGGCAUCAUUGACAUUUUCACAGUUUACGGUUUUAAGAAGAGGCUGGAGCAUUUGUGGAAGAGGCUGAGGCAUCCAGGCCGGUCCUUCUCCACCGUCAGUCCGCAGACUUACUGCCUCAGGUUAUGUCAGUGGGUACAGGACCAUACCAAGUAGACCUUGGAUGAGUGGUGGAGAUCACCGACUCUCGCGGAGGGUGUCCCAACCAAACAAAUGGUCAACCAAAACGCAUACACACGGGUGAAAGAAAUGUUCCUACAUCUGUU